AAGAAGAAGAAAGAAAGAAGGAAAAGAAAGCAAUUACUUUAGUAGUGUGCGGUUAGUGUUUGUUGUUAUCAGUAGCAGUAGUUAGUCUUAACACGUGGGAUAGGCAUCUUAGUUCCAGCCACUUCUGAAUGUAAUAGCAGUCAUUUUCUUAUCAAAAGAAUGACUCGGUCAUUCAUUCAGACAGUCAACGGGUCGAAAUCACUUCAGUCCAGUUGCUGUAGUAAGCUAACUUAUAGUAACACAACUAACUGUUCGGCACACACUGACAUCAUCACAUCUAAACAAAUCAGCCAUUUGCUCCUGUGACAAUUUGUUUAACAACUGGACAAGUGAUAUAUACGAAGAAAAAAACAUCAAAAUAUACUAUAGAGCAGCAGAAAUUAUCUAAGAAUCGCUAGCAACUUCUGCAUAAUAUUAACCAAGCACAACGAGACUACAAGAUGGAAUCGUCAAAUUUAUUACUGGGGAGGGACUACGUUGAAAGCAGCAAAGAAGACGAAGACCGACGCAAGGAAUAUAACCUGAUCGAGAACCAACUUUCUACAAAUAAACAGAAUUUAAGAAAGCAACAAAUUAAAAAUGAAAAUAUUUCACAGACAGAUUCAGAUAAUCAAACUAAAGAAAAACAUGGAUAUCAUUACAACAGUUUUGAAAGCGAUUCUCAUUGCAAACCUUAUUCUUCAUUUGAAGCCUAUCGAAAUACGCGUUUCAAAGAGAAUUGUGGAUUGUUUGAUGGCAAAAUCCGAAAUUAUGAUGAUAAAAAUACCUCAAAGUUUUGUCUCCACAAUGUAGGAUAUAUCUAUAGUUUUCACCGAACUCUAGCAUUCAUCAAUAAUACUCUAUUAUUGUUACAUCGUAUCUUCAGGAUUAUUUCAAUACGGUUCAAACCGUGUUUCUUCACGUUCAUUUUAAUGUCAUUUCUUCAACCUGGUCCCUAUUGCUUAUAUUCGUUUGCACAUGCAAAAUCGUUGAGUCCCCUUAUAGAAAUAUCAGAAAAUAAAAGCCAGAAUGCAGUAGAAUCUGUCGGCGUGUCUGACGUCAACAUGAAUGAGUCUAUUAAAGAGUACAACACCGACAAGGGACCCAGUGAUAGCGACCAAUCAACUGAAGACUAUACAGUGGACAAUGGGGCUUUUACGGAUGAAAGCCCCUCAAAACUGCACACCAGAAGUGUUGGAGAGGAACUGACACACAAAGGAAAUGACGAGAGCAACGAAGUUAACACAAUUUCUGUCAACGGUGAUACAUCCAUGAAGGAAACAGACCACAAGAAUGAACAGCAAACUGUUUUAAACACAUCCGUGGAGACUUCCAUGGAAGAAUCGGAAGACAGCAGUGAGGAAAACAUCGAUCAUAAUGAUGACGAUGAUCAUGAUGAUGACGACGACGAUGGUGAGGAUAAAACCGUUGACGAAAAUACGAUUUCUUCCAAAGGAAUUAUCCCAGACUAUAUGUUAAAACUUUACAAAAAGUUUACUCAGAAACAGUACAUGCACCCUGCAUCGGAUACCAUUCGGAGUUUCAGUAAUAUCAACGAUGAUAUAUUGUUCAAUACUACAGCCAAAACGGAAUUACCCGGAGCUGUCACUCGGAACCAUACUUUAGUCUUCAACAUUAGUAAUUUCCCUAAAGGUGAGCAAAUAAACCUUGCCCAACUACGCUUAUACAAACUCGUAGAAAGAGACCGUAACAGAUAUGUGGGUGAAAACCGUAUUGUAUCUCUCUACGAAGAAAUCAUAAAAGAUGAUUCUCCACAUUUAAAACUUGUGUCUCAAAAGCAUAUCUAUGGAAGAAAUAGUGGCUGGGAAUCUUUUGAUGUUACACCGGCAGUCAAACGUUGGAUUGAGGAAAUAGGAAAAGGUUACGUUCAAAUAUUGCAAGUGACUAUUGAGAGUAUAUUCAAUAACACGUGGGGGGACGACAUGGAUAUAAGCACCACACCUCGUAAUAAGAAAGAACCUUUGUUGGUAGUUUUUUCCAAGCAGAUUAAUAAGCGUCUCGUUCAUAAACAAGAGAGAGACGAGUUUCUUCACCACGAAAUGCUUGUCAGAAAAAACGAGGGCACUGAUAAUAACACUUCAACGAGUCUUUCUAGAAAAUCUCAGUCAGGAAGCACAAACUAUGAGUACGACGAUGAAGAGGAAGAGGAAGAGGAGGAGGAGGAAGAGGAGGAGGAGGAGGUGGGAGACGAUUAUGUUGAUGAGUAUGACGAUGAAUAUGACGAUGGAGUCAAUGAAAAUGAUAUCACGACACCGGAAGUUACGUCGUAUGCCAAAGUGAGACGAAGUAUACGAUCCGAUAAGAAUUACGUAGAACCAGAAAAGACGAGGGUGAAGCGAAGCAAGAAAUCAGCUCGGCGUAAUAUUUGUAAAAAGUCUAAACUUGUCGUAGACUUUCGCAACAUCGAUGGCCAUGAUUGGGUUAUAGCACCGAAAAAAUAUGAUGCAAACGAAUGCAUUGGUAAAUGUUACUAUCCCUUGGCUCAGCACCUACAACCAACAAAACAUGCUAUGAUAAGAGCUAAUCUUCACAUUCAGAACAAAAAAGUCACCAGGCCGUGUUGUGUACCAAUAAAACUAGAACCGAUAUCGUUACUAUACAAAGAUGCAAGCACUCAGAGUUUCACAUUCAAAUAUAAAUAUGAAGGUAUGAGUGUUUCUGCUUGUGGCUGUCGGUGACGAAGUUCUUGGAGAAUACGGACUUGGAAAAUUGUCAAAUAUGAAAAA